AUGAUACUGGAACAAAUUCUCAAAGAGGAGGAUGACAAAUGGCGCCAAAGAGCAAAACUACACUGGUACAAAGAAGGGGACAGGAAUACCCGAUACAUCCACAAUAUCGCAUCAAAGAAUAGAGAAAAGAAUGAAAUUAAAGGUCUAGAAGAUCAAGUAGAGAUAUGGUGCACAGGAAAAUCAGACCUUGAGAGAAUCAUAGUUGACUGCUAUGGAAAUCUCUUCACCUCAUCACCAACCACAACCGACGAGGUUCGUUUUGUCUUGGACAUGAUUGUACCAAACAUCACUCAGGCAAUGAACAACAAGCUGGAUCAACCAUACACACACCAAGAAGUGAAAAUAACAAUCAAUCAAAUGCAUCCACUAAAGGCUCCAGGAUCGGACGAUGAUACCCUACUACCCAGCCACGCAACAGAGAAAGAAGCUGACACAAUGUAUGAAUCGGCAGUUGAUUAA